AUGGACCGGAUUUUGGUCCUCGAAGGUGGGAAAAUACUAUAUCACCAUUGUUUCGAAUAUGAGGGAAUCACCACCUUCAUUUGCGAAAGACCGUGUUUUGUUGUUUUGGCUGUAUGUCAAAGUUUUAUGCCCAAGGAAGCAUUUCAUUUAGCGUACGAAAGAAUCUCCAUCUCCAUUUGCGAAAGACCGUGUUUUGUCCUUCUGGCUGUAUGUCAGACUUUUAUGCCCAGGGGGAGAAUUUCACUUAGCAUACGAGCAAAUCUCCAUCUCCAUUUGCGAAAGACCGUGUUUUGUCCUUCUGGCUGUAUGUCAGACUUUUAUGCCCAGGGGGAGAAUUUCACUUAG